GGAGAUCGGCGCGGUCUCAAAUCGCUCAACUUGCAUGAAGAAGGACUAAGUUAACGUCAAAAGCCUUUCAUAGGUCUCAAUUCUCUCAAUCCAAUCCUUGUACGUACGCAUCCAUCCAUCCAUCCUUCAGGCACAAAUGGCUGACGCAGUAUCGGCCGAAGGUCGCGGACGUGGUGGAUUUGGUCGCGGUGACCGUGGUGGACGUGGCGGCGACAGGCGUGGCCGUCGUGGUGACCGUGGCAGGGGAAGACGGGGUGGCCGCAAGGACGACCAGGCCAAGGAGUGGGUCCCCGUCACCAAACUCGGACGUCUCGUCAAGGACGGCAAGAUCAAGUCGAUUGAGGAGAUUUACCUUUUCUCUUUGCCCAUCAAGGAGUACCAGAUCGUAGACUUCUUCCUCCCCAAGCUCAAGGAUGAGGUCAUGAAGAUCAUGCCGGUGCAGAAGCAAACUCGUGCCGGUCAGCGUACUCGUUUCAAGGCUUUCGUUGUCAUUGGAGACUUCAAUGGACACGUCGGUUUGGGUGUCAAGUGUUCCAAGGAGGUUGCCACCGCCAUCCGUGGAGCCAUCAUCCUCGCCAAGUUGAGCGUCAUUCCUGUUCGCCGUGGUUACUGGGGUACCAUUCUCGGUGAACCUCACACCGUCCCCGCCAAGGUGACCGGCAAGUGCGGUUCCGUGACUGCUCGUCUUGUUCCUGCCCCCCGUGGUACCGGCCUUGUUGCCGCUCCUGUGCCCAAGAAGCUUCUUCAGCUCGCUGGUAUCCAGGACUGUUACACCACCGCCAGGGGUUCCACCAAGACUCUCGGUAACUUCGUGAAGGCUACCUUCAUGGCGAUCGGUAACACUUACGGUUUCCUCACCCCCGAUCUCUGGGCCGAGACGAAGUUCUCCAAGAGUCCCUACCAGGAAUGGUCUGACUGGCUUGCCAAGACUGGAAAGCGCCAGUAGAUUACGAUGGAGUUCUUAUUGUAUUAAGGUGUAUCUGUGAUGGGCUUGGGCGUCGGUUCUCUUGGAAAAAUACAAGCUGUUGCUGACGA